CGUACAUAUUAUUAUUACAUUAUCAUACUUCACUGUUUUCAGUGCUUAGCGGUGUAGGAUGUAGGUACUUAUUCACGUCGAUAACUGAUCGGCAUACCACAGAUUUAAUAUAACUCAUUGUUUCAUUUUAUGGCCAUAUACUUACGACGAUUUUAACUACGAUACAUAUCGACCUGUAUGCGACUGUCGCCCGUAGCGACUAGCGAGUGUAUUAUAUAACAGUGCAUAAUACCGUAAUCGGACACCGCCGCCGCCUUCUUUCUGUGACAUUUAACUACAAGUUGUGUGUUGUGCGCACAAAUGUAACAUUCCACCAGGACCAAGACUAACAGCAUCGCCAGGAUGGACGAUUCGGGAGACGGUCUAACCUCGACUGGCAGCAGGACGACCGCGCAGAGCUUCAAAGUAGUCCUGUUGGGCGAAGGGUGCGUGGGCAAAACGUCACUGGUGCUACGGUACACCGAAGACAAGUUCAACGACAAGCACGUCAGCACGCUACAGGCGUCAUUUGUCAAGAAAAAGCUCAAUCUCAAUGGACGGAGAAUAAACUUGUCGAUAUGGGAUACAGCCGGACAAGAGAGGUUUCAUGCCUUGGGGCCGAUUUACUAUCGAAUGUCCAAUGGUGCAAUACUGGUUUACGACAUUACCGAUGAAGAUUCUUUCCAGAAAGUGAAAAAUUGGAUUAAAGAACUAAAAAAGAUGUUAGGAAGUGAAAUUUGUCUUGUUAUUGCAGGAAACAAAAUUGAUUUAGAAAAAGAUCGUACAGUUUCAUUAGAAGAUGCAGAAAAGUAUGCCAGUUCAGUUGGUGCUGUACAUUUUCAUACAUCAGCCAAAAUGAAUUCAGGCAUUGAAGAAAUAUUCUUGAGUCUGUGUCGCAUGAUGAUAGAAAAGGCUGAUAAACAAACUGCUGAUAAUUUAGUUACAUUAAAUCGGUCAGGAAGCACAAGGAGAAGAACCGUAAUAAUUGAUGAUGAGGACGAUGUGCCAUCCAAAGAAUCCUCUCGUUGGUGUUGCAGUAGUUAAUUCAUUGCUUUCUGCCUUUUUUAAUAUGGUUUAAAGAUACCAAGAUUCAUGUUUAUUAUUAUAUAUAUAUAUUUUUUUUUUUUUGAGAAACCAUUCUGUUCGUGAUAUUUUUAACUUUUUGAAAAAUUAUAUUUUUUUAUAUUAGUUUAUUUGCUUAUUAAUGAUUUAUUUAAUUUUAGUUGAUCUUAUUUAUAAUUCACUGAUUAAAGCAUUAAUAUUAUUGGUUGUAGGCUAAUACAUAAUUUUUAAAAUAU